AUGGCCGAUAUUCCAGCAGGUGAUCCAGUCAACGGUGCCAAACUAUUCAAGACUCGAUGUGCGCAAUGUCAUGUCGUUGAAAAGGGCGCCCCACAUAAAGUAGGCCCAAACCUUGCCGGUCUGUUUGGCAGAACUUCAGGAACCACUGCUGGCUUCUCGUAUUCUGCUGCCAUGGAAAAGAAGAAGGUUGUUUGGGAUGAUCAACAGAUGUUUAUUUACCUCGAGAACCCAAAGAAGUUCGUUCCUGGAACCAAGAUGAUCUUCCCUGGUUUCAAGAAGCCUCAAGAACGUGCUGAUGUCAUCGCUUACUUGCACCAAGCUGGUGACAACUAG